GAAGAGGAAAAAAGAGAAGCAGAUAAGAAAAUCAGCAAAUAAAAGAGACCCAAGGAGACUAGGUGUUAAAGGGAAGAAAGGGAGGCAGAGAUUUGCUAAUGCUGAGGAAAGAAUUAAGUUUAAGCUCGAAAAGGCAAAAAUUAAAGAAGGAUUACUGCUGGAAAGACUUCAGCGGUAUGAAGUUCCUAAAGUUCAGGGACCUCUGGUGCAGCCACAUGAACUCACCGGUGAAGAACGUUUCUACAUGAAGAAGAUGGCACAGAAACGGUCAAAUUAUGUACCAAUCGGGAGGAGAGGAGUUUUUGGAGGUGUUAUUCUGAAUAUGCAUAUGCACUGGAAGAAACAUGAAACUGUCAAAGUCAUCUGUAAACCUUGUAAACCUGGUCAGAUACAGGAGUAUGCAACUGAUAUAGCCAGACUGAGCGGUGGAACUCCGAUUCAUAUAAUUGGAGAUGACACUAUAAUUUUUUAUCGCGGAAAAGAUUAUGUGCAGCCAAAAGUUAUGUCACCCAUUGACACACUUUCUAAGAAAAGGGCACUGGAGAAAUCAAAGUAUGAGCAAUCACUGGAGACUGUCAGGCACUUCAUUGCCAUUGCCGAGAAAGAACUUGAACUUUAUUACCGGCAUAUAGCUCUUUAUGGUGAUCCAACUAAUCGGAGUCCUAACUCUACCUAUGGCAGUCCAGUAAAAGGUACCGAGAGGUCAAAGAGAAUAAAAGGAGGACUUCCAGAUACAGAAUUAACUGGUACUUCAGGAACAAAAAUUGAUUCUGGAAACAAUGAUUCAUCAGAAAACGACUACGAUGAUGAAAGUGGAGGCUUAUUGUUGAGUGAUCUUGACGAGGAUGAUGGCAUAUCUGAACAUGAACUGGAUUCUUGUGAUGAAGAAGCUGAAAAUAACACCACUAAUAUAGAAGAAAAUUGAUUCCUAUGUAGCUUUGUGCUCCAAAGUGAAGAAAGCUUCUUGUAGCAUAUCACGUAGAGUAAGACUCAUUGAAGAAACAUAAACUUGAAUAUUGAUAUGAAAAAAGAACUUCAUUAA